UGGAGUCUGGGAGCUUCAGUUGUUGUUUAACGUUCUAGCAGCAGGUUGAAAAUCGAGUUCGAUCGUCAGAAUAAAGGAUAUAGUUCGGUAGUUUAGUGUAGAACACACGAAAUGCAUUACAUUAUUGGAUUGCUGUGCCUCCUGGCGCUUGGAGUCAGUUCAGCCCCAACGGAUAAUAAUUACUUUGCAGAUUUGCCAAAAUGCUCGACGGACGAGGAUCAGCUGGGGGAGUGCGUCAAGGAGAUAUUCAAUACGCUGACGCCCCGCCUCAAGGACGGCAAUCCCGAGCUGAGGAUCGAACCCUACGAACCUUUGCACCUCAACCGAACUAGCUUCCAGUACACUAGUGGCACGGUCAACGGUCGCAUAACCGUUCGCAAUGCCAAGAUCUACGGAUUCGCCUCCAAUCGGGCCAAAGAAGUGUCCGUCAAACUCAACGGCGACAAGGUGAAACUGCGCCUCGUCACCAAAAUGCCCAAAAUGAACAUUGUGGGUAGUUAUAAGGCCGACAUGCAGGUGAAUCAACUGCAAUUGAAGCCCAAGGGGGAUUUUAAUGUAACGCUACUGGAUGUGGAGGCCACAACGGUCACCGAUGGUGAAAUCUACGAGAAGGAUGGUCACCGGUAUUUCCGCCUGAAGAAUCUCGAUUCGAAGCCAAAGAUUAGAGAUUUGGUCAUCAAGGCCAACGGAAUAUUCGCAGAUCCCGAACUGGAUAGUAUAGCUCUGAAUGUGGCUAAUCAGUAUUGGCGCGAUAUCUACGGAAUAAUGCUGCCCGAGACCCGACAGUUUUGGCAACCCCUUAUGUUGCGAAUGUUCAACGAGGCUUUGGAACUGGUUCCCAUCGACCAGUUUCUCAAGGAGUAGCUCAAUUAGCCGCUGAAUUCAACUUGUGAUGAUUGUUUAAUAGAAAAUAAAUUGUUCCAUUAACUGCUAUUAAA